GGCGUUUGGGGGUAUCGACAACACUCUGCUGCAACCAAAGGGGGCUUAUUAAGUCACCGCUACCACCUCAGAGACGCAUCGUUCUCGGGUAGAGGAGUGAACCUUGUCCGAAGUCCAAAUGGCGAACACAUUUCCCCAAAUAAGACGCUGUCCUUGCGGUCUCAUGCUGGCCGGGAAUUAGGACACGCGCUGGGUUUAGCCGUAAAUUAGACCUCAUUCCUGCAGCGGAAGUUUCUGUCACCGAUUUUUCCUAAAAGGGGUCUUGAAUUGCAGCCUGCUAGCAUGGACGACGACAACCAAGUACCUGAAGACCUGUCGGGGGAGGAACGAGAUGAGCUGUGUAACAUCCGACGCAGGAAAAAGGAGCUGCUGGAUGAUAUUGAACGGCUGAAGUUCGAGAUAGCCGAGGUAAUGACGGAAAUCGAGCAGUUAACCUGUGUAGGGGAGAGCAAAACCACACAAAGAAACAAACAGAUCGCCAUGGGGAGGAAGAAGUUCAACAUGGACCCCAAAAAGGGGAUCCAAUUCCUCCUGGAAAACGAUCUUCUGCAAAACACCCCAGAGGACAUCGCGCAGUUCCUCUACAAAGGCGAAGGGCUUAACAAGACGGUGAUCGGGGACUACUUAGGAGAACGGGACGACUUCAACAUUAAGGUCCUCCAGGCGUUUGUGGAGCUGCACGAGUUUGCGGACCUCAACCUCGUCCAAGCCUUAAGGCAGUUCCUGUGGAGCUUCAGACUUCCUGGUGAAGCUCAGAAAAUCGAUCGUAUGAUGGAGGCGUUUGCUUCCAGGUACUGCCAAUGCAAUCCUGGCGUCUUCCAGUCCACAGACACCUGCUACGUCCUUUCCUUUGCCAUCAUUAUGCUAAACACCAGCCUUCACAAUCCCAACGUCCGAGACAAGCCCCCUGUGGAGCGCUUCAUCUCCAUGAACAGAGGAAUCAAUGAGGGAGGGGACCUCCCGGAGGAGCUACUCAGGAAUCUCUACGACAGCAUCAAGAGCGAACCAUUUAAGAUCCCUGAGGAUGACGGCAACGACCUGACGCACACGUUCUUUAACCCGGACAGGGAGGGCUGGCUGCUCAAAUUAGGCGGCAGAGUGAAAACCUGGAAGAGGAGAUGGUUCAUCCUGACCGACAACUGCCUCUACUACUUUGAAUACACCACGGACAAGGAGCCUCGUGGGAUCAUUCCCCUGGAGAAUCUCAGCAUCCGGGAGGUGGAGGAGCCCAGGAAACCUAACUGCUUCGAGCUGUACAACCCAAACCACAAGGGCCAGGUCAUCAAAGCCUGCAAGACGGAGGCGGACGGCCGCGUCGUCGAGGGCAACCACGUGGUCUACCGAAUAUCAGCACCCACGCCGGAGGAGAAGGAGGAGUGGAUUAAGUCCAUCAAGGCCAGCAUCAGCAGAGACCCCUUCUACGACAUGCUCGCCACCAGGAAGAGACGCAUCGCCAACAAGAAGUGAACGCAAGCUCAUUCACGGACAAUCAAUCAAGCCACACGGUGCACUGCAACUACACGCAGCCUCAAUGCGGAAGACCAAAAAAAAACCAAAACAAAAAACAAAAAUGGCCUCCAACUGAGAGAGGGGGCAGCACAUAGUAUGUGGACUUCUUGUGCACACUGCUACCGGGUUUCAGGUGCAUAUUUAUCUUUGUGUCAUGUGUGAGAUUAUCUCCACCGUGCUGCAUGACGGGUGUCGUCAGGGAAGUUUGGAGCGUGCAGGUUGGCGUUAGGUUUAGUUUCGACAGGAAAUAGACAGUCUGGAGUCAGCUGGACUGAUUCUAUUAGCGAAGGGCAAACAAUUAGCAACUGUGCAUACCUUUUAUUUGACUUGCAAAGGCGGAGUGAUUUCUUUUAUUAUUUUUCCUUUCCUACCAAGGAGUAUCGGGGCCCCCCACUGAAAAGAAGAUGCAUUAUGAAAUGUUAUUUUUUAUCAGAAUAUUCAUUAUAUUAUGUGAAAAAACUAAUGAAGUCAUAUGAUGACAAAAUACUUCUAAUUUUACUUUAAACACAUUUAAUAAUAAUAAUUUAUAAAUAUUAAUAAUAAUUUCCUAAACAUGUGAGAAUAUUGGGAGAAAAAGUUGAAUUAUUACAAGAAAAAAGGAGAAUAAAUUAGUAAUGUUAAUGGGGAUUUUUUUUUAAGAUAAAAAAAUGUACUUUUAAGAGUAAAAAAAAAAAGUAGCAAUAUUGGGAGAAAAAUGUGUAAUAUGAAGGGGAAAAAAGUAGCAUUUUUACAAGAAUUAAAUGAUAAUUUUAUGAAAAUAAAUCAUAGAAAAUUAGGAGGAAAAAAAAUAAUACAACAAGAAAACAAGGUGGAAUUUUCCUGGGAUGAAUUCCUACAAAUGAGAGAAUGAAGUCGGAAUUUUACAAUAUAGAAUAAAAGUUUUUGUCAAGGAGAAAGUCAUGAAGGAACAACAAAAAAAAUCAUAACUACAUGGAAAAGGUACGAAUAUAAUGACUUUUUUUAAAUCUUAAAAAUAUGACUUGUCCCAUAAUAAAUUUAACAUAUUUUAUCAUGUGAUUUUUUUUAAUAAAUACAUUUUCUAGUAGAAAUUACUUUAAAAAAAUCCCCCCAAAUCAUGAUAAAUAUAAAAAAAUGUAGUCUCAUAGUAGUCUAUGAUGUAACCUUAACAAAUAAUUAUACUUUUAAAUUAUAAUUAUACUACUAUAUAAAAAUAUAAAUAUAUAUAUAUAUAUAUAUAUAUAUAUAUAACUCAAAUCCAACUUUUUUUCUCCAUACAUAAAAAAUAUGAAUUUACUGUCUCAUCAGUCCACUUUUUUUUUUACUUCUUUUUUACUUCUUUUGACUGUGCCCUAAUUAGGGAUGUCCGAUAUCAGUACCAAAAAAUGUGAUAUCGGUUGAUAUCAGUAUGAGAUAUUUUCUCCCGAUAUGUAAGAAAUUCUGUAUACAACACAUAUGUGUUCAUGUCAUGUAACACAUAUCGUUAUCGGAAAUUGAGAGUUGGACAAUAUCGGCAUAUCGGACAUCCUCAUACUUCCUGGUGAUGUCCAGUCUCAUACAAAGCUAGCGUCCCAGUGGGGGGGCACCAGUCCAGUUAAGCUUUUCCCCUCCUUUUCCUGUCUCUGCCCUGUCCGUGAACGUCCACAUGUUGUUGUGAUGAUGUUGGCAUGUAACCCCACCGAUCUUUGCUUGCUUUUUGUGUUCCUAUACGACAAUAUAACCUGACUAUCAUUUUUUUGAAAAUUAUAUUUAUUUCAAUUUGUGAACCGCCUGUAAAAUGUGCGUAUGCCUAAGUUAUGUAUGUAUAUAUGAUGUAUAUGUUUAUGUAUGCACACCAGUGUUUGCACCUAAUGGUUGGCAUCAGUUUGGGGUGGUCUAGUACAAAAAAGCCUUAAACAUAAUCCUAAAAGAAUCUCUAUAUAAUAAUAGUGUGAUGAGAAUAUUGGUCAAUAACUGACAUUGCUGUUUUAAAAAGCCAUGACUGAUGUGUGUGGGAGAUGCAUUCAAGUAACCGGUUAUGAUUAUAGUAAAUCAGGUAUGAUGAUGGUAAUGAUGGUAUGUCCAGAAAAAUGAUAAAUGAGUAGUUUUCUAUGUGAUUGUAAAAUUCUAAUAAUGAAAAGCCUUGUGGUCAAGGCGCAUUAUGGACUUCUACUGCCCCCUGUGGGCUGAUAGUUGCAUUAACUUUUCUAUUCUCAUAUUAUGUGAACGCUAUUGGUCACGUUUACGUGUAUCUUACAUAAAGUAUACAUCAAGCUUA